AUGUGGCUCAUUAAAGCCACAGGUCCAGUACACGGACAGAGUAGAUUUACAUUCGCACUUCGACAAGGAAGGGAAUACGUCGUGGGCAGGGAGGAAAGCUGCGAUAUUCGAUAUGAGAGUAAACAGGUGAGACCUAGGGAAGGUACCCUGGUAGUAGAUCAUUGGGAUCCUACUCAACCGAAUGUACCACCAACGUUAAAAUGGAGAGUCGAGCCUAAGAAGUCAGGAUCAUUCGGUACGAUGAAGACUCUGAACCUGAUUGAUAUAUCAGAUAUAGGAUCGACGGAGAGAGAAGACUACGAUGUCACCGAGAUCAAAGAUAGUCAAGGAUGUUAUUUGGAGAAAGAGGGAGUUCAUGGGAUAGAGCUGGCAGAGGGAAUGUGGUUCACCGCGGAAUGGAAAGAUCUGGUAAUCCAGUAUGACAAGUUCAAAGAUGAGAGUGAUGAGGUGAAAGAGACACUACGACAGUAUUGCAUCGGUUGGACUCAAUCUUUCGAUACCACCUCUCGACCAACGAUAGUACUUUCGGUUACCUAUCGAUCCAACGUAGAAUGCAAUUAUGCAGUCUGUUUCGGCAUCCGCAUAUUACUUCCCAUCUAUCUGCAUGCAAUCAUCAGUCGAUUGAAAGCCUGCUGGAAGAAGAUGGCGGAUUCACAAGAUUCAUUUAAUUUACCUGAUCAAGAUGCGGAAGUGUUUCAACCUGAUUUCGAUAAUGCUCUUCAAGCUAGUAGGAAAGAGAGGAAGGCUUGGUUACCCGACAAAAGGAGGGAGACCCUGUUCAAAGGGUGGAAGAUCAUGGGUCUAAGAGGCAGAACGCAAUCGGCAGAAAAACGUUAUCUCAUAGCAAUGGGAGCAGACUAUCAAGAUAUGGAUGUUCUGACUAAACCUAUCUCCACUGCUCAAGAUUUCGCUGAUCGUAUAGCACCUUGGCUAAGUUAUGUGGAUAAUCAUGGUGGAAGGGAACAAGCAGUCGUAGUAUGGUUUGCACCCGUCAAGGCCGAUCUUCAGAAAAAGGGUAUAGACUAUGGUGCAAUUGUCCCUGCGACUUGUCAAAAACUAGGGGUCUAUCAUAGUCAUGGUGGUAUACUUUGGUCGUCUGUUAAUUUUGGUAAGGUGAAAGAGUAUCUUGUCAGUACCGCCUCGAAUUUGCCUCAGGGCGCCAGUUCCGCACAGAAAGAUCGAGUACCGUCAUCCGUGCCCGAUACGCAAUUCACUGUAACACCUGUUCCCAUCCAACCCCAAAGCUCUCAAAUUCUACCGACGCCAGCAUCAAGUCAAGCAGGGCUGUCUAGUCGACCAGAAUUUAUCCCGUCCACUUUCCCUGAUGAAACAGAACGUGGGAUGGGGAGGACCGCUCGAUCUCCAUCACUUGAGUCGAGACCUGGUAGAUUACAGCGAAGAACGAGACAAGGUACUUCUCCUUUACCCAAAGAGAGAACACCUGAACCCGAAACACCAGCUACAGUGAAAAAGCCUCUUCGACGUCGAGCGGGCAAACCUGUAGAUUUCACUACUAUCCCUGAAAGUCCACCUCGUAGUCAUGGCAAUACCGAAGACGAAAACAGUCAAGCAUCUCAACCCCUGUUCUCGCAACCUAAUUUUGUACAAGACUCGUUGCCCGCUUUUAGCCAAGUCUCGGCAAUCCCAGAUACUCAAAGAACCCAAACGCAAUCGAUGGUACCAGACAGUAUCAUGCCUUCGCAAUCGCUCGCCCCUGGACGAACAGCAUCUCGACUGAAACGUCGAGCACGUGGUGUUCAACCUUCCCUAAUCGAAGAAAUAGCGGACACCAGCAUCAAUAUCGAGCAGUCCAUCAAAGACGAAGAGAAAGCUGCGGAUAUCAGACAGUUAUACGAAGAUACCAAAACCGGUUCUUUCGCUCCAAUGACAUUAUCUACCAAACGACCUAGAGUAGCAACGAGGGGUUCAGGUGACUCGGAGUCAUCUGCAGCUGCGCGAAGGAGAGAACAAGGUAGCGCUAUGGAAGUUGAUGGUGAAUCUUACGGUAGAAGUGUACGAUCGAAAAGAGCAGCUUCAGAAGAAAGUAUCGUACCUCCAUCUGCUCAACGUCGAAGAGCCAGAUCACCAUCCGAGGAAGAAGAGCAAGUGGAACAUCGAUCGGUCCCUCCGUCAAAAUCGCUAAAGUCAUCAGUGAACUCGCUUACCAAAUCUGGCAAGAGCAAGUCACAGAAUAGUACCACCACGCCAGGACCCAGUAAAGACGAAGCAUUCUUACAAGCUAUCAAGAAAUCGACGAAAGCGAGAUCGGCGAUCGAUGAAUUGGAUAAAGAGUUCAAUCAACUGAGGAUACCCAAACCCAACGGUUCGUCAGCUGUGGUCAGAGCGAAUGAAUGGAAUGCUAGUGUACCUGAUUAUGCGCUGCUAAAUGAUUUUGACGAUGAUUUGAAGGGAAACUUCAUUCAGAUUGUAAGGAAAGAUCUAUUUAGGAGAGAUAAGAAUGAUAUUGGGAAUAGAGAGGUGGUGAGGGUGGAUGAUGGUAAACCGAAUUUCAAGAAAUUCAAAAAGAAAAACAUCAUUCGUCGUGAGCCUUUGCAGCUUGCUUUGGCUGGUCCGACUAUUCAAGACGCAGAGAUGGGCGAGCCUUACUGGCCUACCCAAACAAUCAACCCAUCUCGAGGUCGAGGCCAAGCUACUCAAGUGGAAGAUGAAGAUGAAGAUAUGCCCUUAUUGCCUCGAUCCAGAAAACGAUUACUCGGCACUCAAGUAACUCAAGAGGAUGACGAGGACCCACCACUGACCUCACGAAGCAGACAGAGAAGUCGUGUGCCCGACACUCAACCCAGUCAGACGCAGACUCCGAGAGUAACGACCACUCAAAGCCGUACGAGAGCUUCAAGUGUACUUAGCGAAGCUGAGAGUGUAGCUACCAAUGUUAGUGCUUCUACGCCGACGAGGACCAGAUCGACGAGGAACACGAUGACUGGAGGAAGAGGCACGAAGAAACAGCCUACCGUGGUGGAAGAUUCGGAUGAAGAGAUUGAUGAGGGUCUAGAUUGGGGUACUUCAACUGGUACGCGUACGAAGACCAGAAGUAAUAAGAAUGCCACUGCAACUCAGGGGAAGAAUAGUGCGACUGGUACGGGAACGAGAACGUUGGAAGGUGAUGAUACCCCUUCGACAUCUACAGGUAGAAGAAGGACAACGGCUGCUCAAGCUGGUACGCAGGCUUCGCAAUUUGGUAGAAGGAGGUUGUUACCUGCGGAUGACGAUGAUGAUAUCGCAUUCAAAGGUUUGGGCAAAAAGCGAAGAUUAAGAUAG